AUGUUCUUGAAGGGUGUUGAGAAGGUUGAAGAUGAAGAUGAGAAUUCUUCAAAAAUAUCUCAAAGAAAUUUAGAGGGCUGCACAUGGUUUGAAAAAGCUGCAGUAGGGCAUGAUUUGGAAUGUCACGAGCAACACGGGACUCCUCUGAUUAAUUGUCGACUGGUGCAAACUAUUGCCAAUCUUCUUUUUGAUCCUUUUAUUGCCGCCACUGAAGCUCUUGCUGAAGGCAUUGUUUCAGCUUUAACACGAGUUUGGGCAGAAGGAGCCUCAGAAGGUAAACAAAAUGAUUCACUUGCAGUUCAUGAAUUACUGAAGCAGUUUCCAGUAGGUCACAUUCUCAAGGGGAAUGCUCAAUGUCUUUUCGCUGUGUUUGCACUUGUUGAUUGA